AUGAUCUUUGCUGUUCGGCCAUCUGUUAGAGCUGCUGCACGUCAGAGCGUGUUUGCUACGCAACGUCGCACGGUAAUCUCGUUGGCCAAGACUGUGUACACCGCUCAUGCUACGGCAUCGGGGGCAGGAAGAAACGGAUCUACCAAGUUAGACGAUGGAUCUCUAGACAUCGGCCUAGCAACUCCCAAGGAGAUGGGUGGUUCUGGUCAAGGAAACAAUCCAGAGCAACUUUUCGCACUCGGAUAUGCUUCUUGCUUCCUCGGUGCCCUCCAGCUGGUCGCCAAGAACAAGAACGUAAAACUUUCCGACGACGUUAAAAUUAAGGCCGCUGUAUCGAUCGGCGAGGUAAAGAGAUCUGGCGGAUUUGGCAUUGGCGUCGAAUUGACUGCGAUUGGCGCCGAUGCCUCUUUGGUCCAUGAAGCACACACGGUCUGCCCGUACUCCCGAAUUCUCAAGGAAGGCGCAGAGGUCAAACUCAACGUCAAAUAA